AGAAGUCUGCGUCUGCUCCUCGACAACCUCACCCUCGAAGGACUCAGCUCGCUCUCGGUGCAGGAGGUAACUUUCCAACGAGGACCAGACGGCGGAGAAGACGCAGAAGAUGAAGAUGACCUCGGACACGCACACACCCACGAAGACAUCGACGGAGACCCACAAACACACGCCAUACAACACGGGCGGAGGAACGGGCGUCGGGUGGCCAGUAGCAGGGGCUUGGUGCGUGCUGCCUUCUCUCAGGUGGUGGUGAGGGCGAGGUACCAGGUGAGGGGGAGUGCCGGGGGCUUCCUUACCUUCAGGGAGAGUGGGAACUUGACCCUCACCGCCCCGACCGUCUUUCUAACAUCCCGACUUGGUCUCAUCCUCCCGCCCCCGACGCCGCCGCUGUCCUCACCGCAACGGAAGGUCAAGACGCCUCAUAGGCGUCACGGGGGCCGGGUCAAGAUCGUGCGGGUUCGAAGUGAGAUCUCCACCGUCCCCACCACGCUCACCCUCCAGCCAGCCGCCCACCCGCCGCAGUGGGUGAGGCAGCAGGUGCAGACCAAGCUUGAGGAGCUGUCCGGGGACCUAAGCCACGGGCACGGCGCGGUGAGGCUGCUGCUGCACCGCUGGGGGAAGCUGCUCAAGCGACUCAUCCACCGCACGGCGCGCGCCAUCGCCUAGACGCUGCCCUUCCCGCCCCUCCCUCCCCACUCACCCGCACACCUGGACCUCCUGCUGUUGAUAAUUAACGAUCAAAGAAUCCUCGAGACAGGCAAUACAGAUCAAAAAGUUUAGACAAGUCGGUCUGUUAACUCCAAGGCAGGCAAGGCAAGGAGGGAGUGUCCGGAUAGAGAAAGAUGGAAACUUCUGCCGUGGCCAUCCCCUGGUGGGAGCUCCUAAGAGCAGGCGUCGAUGAGAUGAUGAUGAUGAAUGAAUUGAGAGGAAUCACAGCAGAAAUGUUGAAGUGUGGAGAUGAAGUUACUAUAUGAAUGGUCAAGAUAUGUGAAGUGGCCUGGGAAGGGGGUGGGGGGAGGUCCCAGCAGACUUGACAAAAGCCAUCAUGGUCCCAGUUUACAAGGGGAAGGGCAGGAGAGGGGAGGUGGGAGUUGUAGGGGUAUAAGUCUGCUUAGUGUAGGCUACCUGGAAAGGUAUAUGGAAAAGUCCUAAUUGAGACUGCGCAAAGACUUACAGAAGAGAAAAUCAGUGAAGAACAAGGCGACUUCAGGAAGGGAAGAGGAUGUGUGGAUCAGAUAUUUUCCUUCAGGAUGGUGUUUUAUUAGAAAAAAUAUUAGCAAAAGGAAAAAAUACUAUGCUGCCUUCAUGGAUCUAGUUAUUCUAAAGAAAGUUUAUGACAGAGUCGAUUGGCUGGCAUUGUGGGACGUCUUAAAGAUAUAUGGUGUGGGAGGAAAACUGCUUAAUGCAAUAAAGUCUUUCUAUGAGGAUGCAUCUGCAUGUGUCAAAAUUACUGGAGAAACAAGUGAACAUUUUGAGAUGAAAGUGGGCUAAGGCAGGGGUGUGUCAUGUCAUCGUGGUUGUUCAAUAUUUAUAUGGAUGGUGUUAUGAGAAAUGAAGGGCAAAGUUGGGGAAAUUGAAGUAAAAAUGUAUGCUGAGGGAGGGAAGGAAGUGGGUGAUGAA